UUUACCUAACAGAAGAAAGAUGCCAGAUUAAAUCCUAGCCGUCAAAUACUAAAGAAAGUUAGUUAUCUCUAUGAGAUUGGAUCGUAGCCGUUGAGUCCAAAUUUUUGUUUGCUGUCUUUUCUAGUUCUACGACCUGUCUCUGUCCGUAGUGGAAAGAGAGGAGGAAGAAAGAAACCUGGAGAUUUCGAGUUAUUAGUUUGAUAGGUAAAGGAUGGGCAAAGGAGGAGCUAAGAAGCAUACAAACACUCAAGGAGGAGGAGGAGGACCUAAUCUCAAAUCCGUACUAAGACAUGAUCACUUGAAAAAUCUCGCCCUCUGGUCUUCCGCCGGAGAUACUCCCAUCCCCUCUCUUGCUUCCUUGUUCGGUCGACGUCUCGCUGCCGCUACUGAUCCUGAUCUCGUCGUCUCUUGCCAAAGGUGUGAGACCAUACUUAAGCCAGGCUUUAAUUGCGAUGUCAGAAUCGACAAGGUUUCUUCUAAGCAGAAGAAGAAAGGAAGAACCAGGUGCAACAAGUCUAACAUCUGUUUGCCUCAGAACAAUGUUGUUUACCAUUGCAAUUUCUGUUCUCACCGGAACCUUAAGAGAGGUACUGUGAAAGGUCAGAUGAAAGAGAUUUACCCUUUCAAGCAGAAAGCUCCUCGUCCUAAUAAGAUCAAUCAAGAGAUGACAGUGAUGCCUCAAAGUAACAUGCUUUCUUCUUCACCUGUGAGAAGUGUCGAGAAAGAUCAGGUGGAGGAGGUGAAUACACCGAAGCCGCCGAUGAUGCUUACUCUGGAUAGGGAUAAGAGGAUACGAAAAUCCAAGAGUAAGAAACCGAUUGAGUCUCAAAGUGUUGCGGAGAAAACAGUUGGUGGAUCAAAUCAGAGGAAGAUAAAACCAUGGACAGGUAUGAAAGAGAUAGCUGAGACUAACAAGACUUCUUCUAGAACAAACUUAAGGAUACCUUUUCUCUUGUGAUCUGUCUGUUAUAUUUGGAUAUGUAUAGUAUAUAUUAUCCCCUUUUGUGCAACUUUUUAUACAGUGAUGAGUCUUGAUA